GUGUUGGCACUUCCGCGAGAGGAGGAAGAGCAAUUAUACGAAUAUCGCCACUGAAUAUAAUAAAUAGCAGACAGACUUUAGCGUGUGAUCCUAAGAAGUCCGGGCGGCGUUAUUCGAUCGCGCGGACUGGCGAGGUUUCAAAUGAGGUCUGAGAUGUGGCGAUGUGUAAAAACAAAGCGGCAAUGCAUAGUUGGUAUCCGCGGAAUCUGCGGUUUUUAUUGAUAUGUAAUUUACUCAUAUUUACUCUUUUUUAGGGUAUGAUAUAAGAUCAAAUCCAAUCUUUAUUCGGUUCCUGAGAAAACUUGUCGAUUUUACGAACGCUUUGGUUAGUUCUUUCUCACUCCACACUAACCCCGGCUUUCCUCCAAAAAAACCAUUCUUGUAAUAUAAGCAGCUACCUCGCACUUCUUAUAGGAUCAAGUAAACUUCCAGAAUGCCAAUUCUCAAGAAAACAGGUAUACGCUCUACCUUCUUCCCUGACGGAAGCAACCAACAACAGGUUGAAGGCGCCGAACAUGAACAACGUGAAGAUGCAACCUCAUCAGAGGGUAAAAACGAAGAUGGAAACAUCAUUUUGAUUGCUUUUGAAGAAAAUGACCCAGAGAACCCUCUCAAUUGGGGUAAAGGCAGAAAAUGGCUUACAACAUCCCUCCUUAACGCUAUGACAAUGAUUAUCGGUUUAAGUACCUCUGCGUACUCACCGACAACUGAUGCGAUAGCCGAAGACCUCGGUGUGUCUUCUGAAGCAGCUCUUGUCGGUAUGUUUACCUUCAAUGCUGCUUGCUCAGUUGGUCCAUUAUUCCUUGCACCUUUCUGUGAGAUGGUGGGUAGAAGAUAUGUAUACAUUGGUGGAUUUUUCUGUUUCACUGCCGUAUUCCCUAUGUUGGCAGCUGGUCAAAACAUCGGUACAAUGAUUGUCGGUAGAUUACUUUCUGGUUUGUUCGGUUGUAUCGGUACUAUCCUUGUUGGUGGUACACUCGCAGAUAUCUGGGUAGAUGAAGAGAGAUCGGUACCUAUGUCACAGUUCACAUUCGUUGCUAUCUUCUCUACCAUCGCUGCACCAGCUUAUUGUGGAUAUAUCGUUGAACGCGUAGGAUACAGAUGGGUCGAAUGGGUACACAUGAUCGCAAGUGGUACACUUCUUCUCAUUGAAUUGUUCCUCUUUAAAGAGACUCGUGGUGCUACCGUUCUCGCACAACGUGCGAAGAAGUUGAGAAAGGAAACAGGAGACAAUCGUUUCAGGGCACCUAUUGAACUUGAAUCAGAGUCCAUCAAAAUGCUUCUUCACAAAUCAUGCACCCGUGCUUUCAUCCUCUUGGCUCGUGAGCCAGUCAUUCUCUUCUUCGGUAUUUGGAUCGCUUUAUCCUGGAUGCUUGUUUUCAUGUUUAUGACUGUCAUUCCAUUGACAUUCUCUGGAAAUCACCAUUGGUCAACCGGUAAAGCAGGUCUUCCUUAUAUUGCACUUAUGAUUGGAUGUGUAUUGGGUUACAUCUCUGGAUUCUGGUCUGAUCACAUGUAUAACAAAUCAGCUGAAAAGAAUGGAGGCAAGCCUGUUCCGGAAGCUAGAUUGUACGGUGCAAUGGUUUUCGCUCCAUUCUUCCCAAUCGGAUUAUAUAUCUUCUCCUUCACUCAAUAUAGUCACGUACACUGGAUAGCACCAACAAUCGCGCUCGUACCGAUGAUUUUCGGUAUAUAUCACGUUUUCCUUGCUGUCUACAACUACACUUCAGAUUCCUACGGAGAAUACUCUUCAUCAGGUAUCGCUGGUCAAGGUCUCUUGAGAAAUAUGGCUGCUGCUGCAUCACCUUUGUUUGCUACCCAAAUGUUUAAAGGAAUGGGUUAUCAGUUCGCAGGUCUCUUCCUCGCGCUUUUGGCCACUGCUAUAGCGCCACUCCCAUACAUCCUGUUCAAGUAUGGUAAAACAAUUAGAGCAAAAUCAAAGUUUGCCAGUGCCACAACUGGUUUAACAGAUGAGACAAAUGAUGCUGUCGCCAAUGCGGAGCUCGGAAAUACCGUACAAGAGUCCAAAGAAUAGAUAUUUUGGCUGAGCGUCGAUUAAUUAUUUUAGAUUAUAGACAUCCCUUUGUAAUGACAUGUAGAAAUUUUCUUUGACACAUAAUUUAC